CCCGCUUUUCAUCCGUGCAUGCUGCAGCAGCGUUCAUUUCAGACGGUGUCUCUGUCAUGUUUUUGCGUCCUUCGGUCAUUAUAAAUCAUGUUUAGUUAGACUGGGUGCAAAUGUUGGGCUCUUAUGGUAUUUUGCGGUAGGGCUGUUGCAGCGCUGCGCCAGUUCUUCUCCUUGGAGAGCCAGGCACUUUGACCAGACGCGGCUCGUCAGUGAUUAAUUAAGGGCUUGCAAAAUGUCAGAUCAGUCUGGUAAUUAAACUCAGAAUACAUGCAUGCAAAAAAAAAAAAAAGAAAAAAAGAAGAAAAAAAAGAUAUUACAGUAGGUAUCUGCAUAGCGGCUAUCACAGGAAAGUCUAAACGGAUUGCAGGAGAGGCGACUAAAGGUCAAUGCUUUUUCGCUUUCUGGGAACAUGUCUUUCAUUGACCUGUUCCAGUGGAAACCGUCUCAGCCUGGUAACUGGGGGAUUGUGGAGUUGUUUCAACCAUCAGUAAAAUAUUUGUCAGACUCUCUCCUGCAUCUUCCAGGUUGCAUUGAAGCAACUGUCUCAGUUGUCCCACUAAUGCUACCCCCUUGACAUACAAAAAACACCCUGAAAACCAAGUUGGAAAUGGAUAAUACUGAGAUGAGUUUUAUUUCAAGCCUUCCACCGUGCCAUCGGCCCUUGACAUGGUCACCCAAGCUGUUCGACGAACACUAGUACCUUGUGACACUCGUGCACGUACAAUCUGAGAGCUGCCUGUGCUUCAUUACCUCAGUGGACCAUGAUGAUGCUGUGGCUUCUGCUGCUUUUGUCAGUUUGGCCGUGGUGUGAAGGAGCUGACUCCAGUGAACGCCGAGUCGUGGCACACCUGCCCGGAGACAUCAUCAUUGGAGCUUUGUUCUCGGUCCAUCACCAGCCCCCUGCUGAUAAGGUUCAUGAGCGCAAGUGUGGUGCGGUUCGUGAGCAGUAUGGCAUCCAGAGGGUGGAAGCCAUGAUGCAUACGUUAGACCGGAUCAACGCCGACCAAAACAUCCUUCCCAACAUCACUCUGGGCUGCGAGAUCCGGGACUCGUGUUGGCACUCGGCUGUGGCUCUGGAGCAGAGCAUCGAGUUCAUACGGGAUUCUCUUGUGUCCUCUGACGAGGCUGAGGAGUGGGGCGGUGUGACCUCGUGGGGAGGAGGAGGAGGUGGCGGAGGAGGAGGAGCGACAUUGAAGUGUGCAGACCCAUCUGCUACUCCGAUGCGGGGAAAGAAACCCAUUGUGGGUUUAAUUGGACCGGGGUCGAGCUCUGUGGCCAUCCAGGUGCAGAACCUGCUGCAGCUUUUCAACAUACCGCAGAUCGCCUACUCUGCCACCAGUAUGGACCUCAGUGACAAGAGCCUUUAUAAAUAUUUUAUGCGAGUCGUCCCUUCAGAUGCUCAGCAAGCACGAGCCAUGGUGGACAUUGUCAAAAGAUACAACUGGAGCUAUGUGUCUGCUAUCCACACUGAAGGGAACUAUGGUGAGAGUGGCAUGGAGGCGUUCAAAGACAUGGCGGCCAAGGAGGGCAUCUGUAUAGCCCACUCAGGUAAAAUCUGGAGCAACGCUGGAGAGCAGAGCUUUGAUCGUCUGCUGUUGAGACUGAAGGCCCACCUGCCCAAGGCCAGAGUAGUGGCGUGUUUUUGUGAAGGCAUGACCGUUCGCAACAUUCUCAUGGCGAUGAAACGCAAGAAAGUGGUGGGAGAGUUUCUUCUCGUCGGCAGCGACGGAUGGGCAGACAGGUACGACGUGACAGAAGGCUAUGCCGAGGAAGCAGCCGGGGGUAUUACCAUCAAGCUGCAGUCGGCGGACGUGAAAUGGUUUGAUGAUUACUACCUUAAGCUCCGUCCUGAAAACAACCACAGGAAUCCUUGGUUUCCGGAGUUCUGGCAGCAUCGGUUUCACUGCAGACUUAAAGGUCAUCCACAGGAGAGCAACAAGUACAACCGCACCUGUGAGAGAAGGGAUUCCUUGCAGACUCAUUAUGCACAGGACACCAAGAUGGGAUUUGUCAUUAAUGCUAUUUACUCAAUGGCAUUCGGGCUGCAUAACAUGCAACGUUCUCUAUGCCCAGGCUAUCAGGGCCUUUGUGAUGCUAUGCGGCCAAUAGACGGUGCUACUCUGCUGGACUUCCUGAUGAAAACCAACUUCACUGGCGUGUCUGGAGAGGGAAUUUUAUUUGAUGAAAAUGGAGACUCACCUGGCAGGUAUGAAAUAAUGAAUUUCAAGAAGAUGGGGAGGGACUACUAUGACUACAUCAAUGUUGGUAGUUGGGACAACAGUGGACUGAAGAUAGCUGAUGAUGAAAUCUGGUCCAGCAAAGAAUCCAUCAUUAAAUCGGUCUGCAGUGAACCGUGUGACAAAGGGCAAAUUAAGGUGAUCCGCAAGGGUGAAGUGAGCUGCUGCUGGACGUGCACCCUGUGCAAAGAGAACGAGUUUGUGUUUGAUGAAUACACCUGUCAAGCCUGUAAUCUUGGCUCCUGGCCUAAUGAUGGCCUCACAGGCUGUGACCCGAUCCCUGUGGAGUACCUGCGAUGGGGGGAUCCAGAACCCAUAGCUGCUGUGGUAUUUGCUUGCCUUGGACUAAUGGCUACCUUCUUUGUCACUGCAGUUUUUAUCUAUUUUCGGGACACCCCUGUUGUGAAAUCCUCCAGCCGGGAGCUGUGCUACAUUAUACUAGCAGGGAUUUGCCUCGGAUAUCUGUGCACCUUCAGCCUCAUUGCAAAGCCCCACGUGAUCCACUGCUACCUCCAGCGACUAGGAAUCGGACUGUCACCUGCCAUGAGUUACUCUGCACUUGUUACCAAGACGAACCGCAUCGCUCGGAUCCUGGCGGGGAGCAAAAAGAAGAUCUGUACAAAGAAACCUCGCUUCAUGUCAGCCUGCGCCCAGCUCAUCAUUGCCUUCCUCCUCAUACUGCUGCAGUUGGGCAUCAUUGUGGCUCUUUUCCUCAUGGAGCCGCCGAAUGUGAUCAACGACUACCCUAGCAUCCGCCAGGUCAACCUUAUUUGCAACACCACUAACCUCGGAGUGGUAGCCCCCCUGGGAUACAAUGGCCUGCUGAUCCUCAGCUGCACCUUUUAUGCCUUUAAGACCCGCAAUGUCCCAGCUAAUUUCAAUGAGGCCAAGUACAUUGCUUUUACCAUGUACACCACCUGCAUCAUCUGGUUGGCGUUUGUUCCCAUCUACUUUGGCUCCAACUAUAAAAUCAUCACCAUGUGCUUCAGUGUCAGCCUCAGUGCCACUGUGGCUCUGUGCUGCAUGUUUGUACCCAAGGUGUACAUCAUUCUGGCCAAGCCAGAGCGAAACGUGCGCAGUGCCUUUACCACCAGCACCGUGGUCCGGAUGCAUGUGGGAGAUGGGAAGUCAUCCUCAGCUGCCAGCCGCUCUUCCAGUCUGGUUAACCUGUUUAAGCGUAGAGGCUCUACUGGGGAGACCCUCAGCUCCAAUGGUAAAUCGGUGUCUUGGGCGCAGACAGAGCGCAGCAGUUCUCGAGGCAACCACCUGUGGCAGCGGCUGUCCUUCCACAUCAAGAAGAAAGAGAACAACCAGACAGCGGUCAUUAAGCCCUUCUCCAAAACCUCUGAGGAGCGGUACUCCGGGGGAUCCAACUUGCCUCCGCAUGUACCUCUGCCCUCCCUCUCUUCCAUGUCCUCCCUGCCCACUCAUCCUGACUGCGUCACAGACAAGACUCUCUACGAGCUCUCAGAAGCCGAAGAGCACUACUCGAUCACCUAUCGGCCGCAGCCGCAGACGCCGUCGCCGAUCAGCACCGUCAGCCAGAGGAUAGGAGCCAGUUUGGGGGAGGAGUCCCAGGUGGCCUGCAUUUCUAAGUACUCCAGCAGCAUCUGCAGCGGCGGCAGCAGCAGCAGCUGCGGGCCUCCAAGCAGCGGCUCUGUUGCCACUGGGAGCGAUGGGCGUCUGGUUGCCAUGGACAACCGUCCACCGCCACGCCAGAAUUCGCUGAUGGAUCAGAUCAGCUGCGUGGUGAACCGCUUCACCGCCAACAUUACGGAGCUCAACAGCAUGAUGCUCUCCGCCUCGCCGACACACGCGCACAAACACACUCCCCCCGCCGCUCACCCCCCCGAUCCCUACCUGCUGCCCCGGGAGAUCCCGAUGCCCCCGACCCUCACCACCUACGCUGACGUCCAGCCCCUUCCCCACAUUGAGCCCAGUCUGGGCAACCGGGGCGGCUGUCCAGUUCACUCCAUCCCUCGUUCGCCCUACCCCCUUCAGCCUCCACCUCAUCCCCACACAUCCCCGUCGCUCUCCCCCAUAAGAGGAAGCCUAGUCGCCUGCAUCCCCGACUCCCCACUCAGGAGGGUUGAGCUGGAAGAGGAGCUCAUCGCUCUCACUCCUCCUUCGCCCUUCCGUGACUCUUUGGGAUCCAGCAGUGGCUCCCAGAUCUCAGAGACUGGUUUGUUUGUCCCUCCUGUCCCCAACCACCCGCCCCCUUCUCCUCCCUCACCUAGGUACACCAGACUGACUCUCAGAAACUACAGUCAGAGUUCCUCCUCACUGUGAGGGAGAGGUGAUGAUCCGGAAAACGUAGAUCAAACAGGACGGACAGACUGGAAUCCAUUCACCACCGUUUGGAGUCAAAACCCGAGGAGACGUCGUUGUGGAGAGCUGGUUGGUGAAGACACCAAGCUGUGUUUGUGUUUACAUGUUUACAGUGAGAUGCGUGUACUAGAGGCCGGCAGGGUGUCGUAUCUUCUCUCCGUCUUUAUUGGGUGAGAAUUGAAAACGGACCGCUCUGACUCGGAGGUGUUUCAGUAACAGCAGAAAUUCUUCCUGGAGGUUCUCUGUCAUUUGGAUUGGGCUAGUGGCCUUACGGUAACUCGGCUGACAACUAAUUACAGAUUCUGUGUGUGCGCUUCAGUGGGCCUGAGUGUGUUUUUACUGUUUCUCAGAGAAGGAGAGGUGUUGGGAGUAUGGCAGUAGAGAGUGCCUGUAAGAACUACAAAGGGACAAGCUACAAAGGGCACAUACCGAAAUAUAUUUGCUAACACAAAUGACAAAAGUGUGAGCACACGAUUAUAAAUAAAGUGUGUGAGGAAUAGCGGUGGAUUUAUAGGACACAUACAUUUUAUCUUCAGUGAUAAAAUCCAAUUAGUGUCUAAUUAAAGUGCAUUGUGUGAACAGUGUUAACAUUCUAAAACGGUGUUAAUCUAAAACAUUUUGUUACAAAAGUUUAGUUAAUUUUGUUCAGCUUUCAUCACAUCAGUGUGUUUUCAUAUUUUCUACUCUUCUAGUAAGUCUGAAUGUAUAUUUUCUACAUUAUUCCUGAGGCAGUUGGGACCAAAUCUUUUUGUAGCUCUACGCCUGUAACUUGAGACGGGGAGAACGAAGUGGGGGUGUGGCGAGACCAGGCCUCGUUCUUACUGUGAACAUUUUCAGUAUUUAGCUCUCACUCAGGUGGAUCAUUGGGAAGGAUCCGUCCUCGAAGCUUUUCCGCUAAUACGUGUCAUUCAGAAAUACACUCUGAAAGGCUUUGCUGGAUUCCAGUCACGACAUUUUCCAGAUACAAUAUGUCAGCAGGUGGCAGUAACCUGUUUCAUCUAAAACAGUGCUUUAAAUGAAAUUAGAAUAAAAGUCAUUAACAUUCGUAGUGGAGCACAAAUUGACAUAUUUAAGCUGGUGGUUUCAGUCUUGUAAAAAGUAAUUUGUUGAACAAUCUUUGUAAUUUUAAAAGACAAAUUAAAGUUAUGCAUUUUUUCCCAUUUUUCCAUUGAAAUUAUGUCUUUUAUCACAAGUUCAAUAAAAAGCAGUAAGGGCAAAUGUUCACAAUCAAGAGUAAAACCACUGACAUGAAUAUCGUCUGAAACCAUGAUAUAUAUUUCCUUAUUUGGGGGGAGAAACUGCUAUCUUGCUGAGAGUGAGGCAGAGUCAAGGCUAGGGUGGUGCAUGCUGUAGUUGCAAUUUGGAAAUUUUCUGGGAUUUGCUCAUUGGUUUGGCUCUAAAUGUUACUAAAGCUACGUUCACAAAUGGACAUUUGACAACACAAUGUCAGAUUUUUCUUCUUUGGGAAAAGGCUUUUUGUUUUUUUCCAACUGGGAACUCAAAACAACAAAGAAAAACUUUUGAUUACAAGUAGUUAGCACAUUGUGAGUUUUCAAAGCCAAGUUCAGUCUGUGAUUGGUACUUAUUUUUUUUGUCCAUCAGAGUUUCAUCAGUGUUAAAAGAAACUUAUUGUUCAGUAGCUUUUUAUUAAUUAUUAGCAUAAUAAUAUGUGAUAUUACUGUGAAAUCACUUGAAUAAAUCAGAACUAAAAAAAUAAUUAGACAACAAAAAACAUUCACAUUAUUACUUUAAACCACAGUUUUUUUUCAUCAUACCAGCCCAUUCCUAACCAUAUACCAAUAAGAAAUUUAGAUGUUUUGUUUUCAGUCUUGUGACGACCCCUCCAGUCAUCACACAGUAUUCUGUGUGUAUCAGCUGCUCUUCUCUCUCUCUCUCUCUCUCUGGCUUUGUCGGGUAACCUCUUCAGAUGUUAAGUGGAACAUAAAUUAAUAGGUUGUAGUUGUAAUCCCUUUGACUUGCGGCUUAAAUUGUGUUUCAGUUGGUUGUGCCUAAAGAAUGUGUGGGUUACUUUGUGAGUUAAUUGAAUUUGCCGACAAAGAUAACAUUGAAAAUAAUAGUCCCAGUUUGCUUAUGAAGUUUUUCAAAAUAAAAGUUCUCUUCUUUUAGCAUUUUCCAGCAGACAGUGAGUACCCCUCGAAUGUCUACAUGAGGACAUUUUCAGGAUGCUUAUAUUGAGGGAACAAAAAUCAUUGUUGUGUAAUUAUUGUCAGCUCACUCUCAGCGAAAAAGCAAAUCUCUUCUCUUACAUUCAGAUUUUAUGUCAGUUGCUUUCAGCUCAGGCCUGGUCCUGUGUCAUACAUCCUGGAGAGUUAACUGUCUCAUAAUCGGACACGUUUUUUUGUAGAUGUCUGAGCAAACUGGCUUUGUAGAGAACUGGGGCUGCCUUUAAAGCGAAUGUAUUUACAUGUGCCAACGCUUGCUUCCUGGGUUGCAGCAGGAGAGACGUGCAGAUGAAUGCAUUCCACACAACCCCUCUUGAGAGACGAGGCCUUUGCUUGUGUCAGCGACAACAACAAAAAAAAAUUUAUAAAAAAACAAUACCAAACAUCCAAUGAACCCUCCCGACCCCACUACGGGACAAGGGUGUAAGAAAAUGGAUGGAAGGAAACAUCCAAUGGUUCAGAUGCACAAUACAUGCAUUUUUACCUUUAGUUCGGUUAACUGCAGUAUGUCUCAGAAUGACUCGAUUUAAAAGAAAUUUCAAAGCAAUUAUCAAAACAAAAAAUAAGUGCUUCAAAGUGUUUCCUGUGACAUAUUGUCCACCACCGUCUCCAUGUAUUUUCUGCACCGUGUGCAUUCGUCUGCUGUGAGGGAGAAGCUGUCUGAUGUUUGCUUAACAUUUGCGCUCCACUGUAGCCGGCAAGAACAAACUCAGACAAAAAGCGAUCUUGUAAAUAACAAGGGCAUGCAAAGACAGACCUGUUUUUGUUUAAAUGAAUUGAGUCAAGAUGAAAGACAAUUUGUUUACAUAUCAACAAAUGUUAGAAAAAAAAGAGAGAAAAAAAAUCUGAUGUUUUUAAGCUGUUAUAACAUACAGUACAAAUAUGUGUUACGACUAGAGAAACUGUGUUCCUACGCUGAAUGUGUGAGUGACAAAUUCUAUUCAAACGUCUUGUAAUUGAACAAUAUUAUGAUACUUGCUAUUAAUAUGAUUAUUGUGCCAAAGGGGUAAGAGGUGUCUAGUUUACUAGAUUGUGGGUUAAAAUAUGUGGUUUCUUAAAAAAUAGAAGAAAAAAAAUUAUGUAAAUUGUUUCUAUUGUUUUGGAUACAUUUUAAAUAAAUAUUUCAUAUUUUUCAGUGUAGAAGCAAUAUUAUCUAUAUGUAUACAAGGUCCACAUCUGAGGUUUUAUAAAUCAUCCAGAAUUGCCACUCUUAUUACAAGCCCUCUUUAAGGAUGUAAGGAUGGUGGAUUGAAAGCUUGAAACUUUGUUUUGCUUUGUAUUUAAUUUGUAUUUGUUGAAAUUCAUUGUUAUUUUCUUGCUCUUGUUUUAUACCUUAAUCACAUUUUUACUGUUCAUUCCUGGCUGUAAUCAUAUUUAAUUGAUUUGAAUAGUAUGUAAAAUUAUGUCAUGCUGUUAAUAAGGACAAAUUAAUUAAACUAAUUGGUCCGAGGGGAGGGGCAGGCUGAUAAACACAAGGUUAUAUGAUUUUGAUUAGAGAACACAUAAAACAAGGAACGACAUGUGACAAAAACCAUCAUGUAGGGUUGGUUUUGAAAAGUAUUUGUCUUUCCAUUCAUUUUCUCAUGUUCUGUUUUCUAAGAUUUUUUUUUUAGAUUAAAGGAGUGCGCACAUAUUCAAAGUGGCAGGUUGUAUGUGGAACUGCUGCAAAGUUGAUUGGCACUUUUAAAUGGUUCUGUCUGGGUGUGAAACAUAGAAAUCUAAAAAUAUUUGUCAGUAAAAAACAUUUUUUUAAUUAAGUUUUGUAUAGUGCAAUUUAAUUGCUGACUAUUUCUUAUCGGUGACAUAUUUUGUAUAAAGGUGACAGAGGUUAGCUUAGCCCUUAUUCAUGAGUUGAGUUUGAUGUUAGUCUAAUUACAAAUUCACAAAAUCAAUUCCUUUUUUUUUUCUUGAAGAGGACUUUAACCUUGUAAUAAUUUUUUUUUUCAGUUUACAUUUUACAUUAUUUUUAAAGCAUGCAGGCAAUGCAAGCAUAUUGCUAUCCUUGUAACUUUAAAGUGAAGGAUCUUACUCAGAUGUGAAAAAUUGUUCUUAAGAUAUAUGAAAAUACAAAUCUGCAGAUAUGAAUUGUGUAGGAAUCUUGCAGCUGCAUUGAUGUUGAACUGAUCUGGAGAAAAUGGUUUGUUUGCUGCUGUCACUGAUGGUGCACAGAUUAGGUUCAGAGACAAACAAAAAGCUUACUGCAGCACUUCACUGUGUGUAGGAGCCUCCUGGGUGAAGCGCUGCAGCCUCUGCAGAAAGCUACGAUUUAUCUCACUCUCUGACAACUUGAUUUAAUUUAUUGUCUCUUUAAUACAGAAAGCUUAAAAUGGUAAUUAUCGAACAAAUUGCAAGGCUAAAUAGAACACAGUGGUGUUAGAAGCCUACAAAGGUUGUAUUUAAUAGUGUGCCUAUGAUAAAAUCAUAAGCACAGAAUUAAUGUAGCAUUUCAACUAAAUUAAUUUGUUCGGGAAAGAAAAUCAUUCAUUUCUUUAUCAAAAUCAGAUUUGGCCACGAGUUUAAACUGUUUUUUAAUUUUUGUUUUUCCUCUCAAAAGGCUUUUGGCUAACUCACUUUCAUAAAUACACUCUAAUAAAUUGAACAUGUAAUCCCUGUGCUUUAACAUUUCUUUAAUCUGGACAUGCUCGUCUGUUUAGUUGGUGGAAAAAAAUACAGAUUCUGAUAUUUUAAAUCCCUUGACUGAACAUUUAAAACCAUUUCAGUGGUUAUCAAAACACCCUUCCUGUCUCGCUCUAAAAAAGUCAGCUGAUCCUGAUGCCAUGCCCUUUGCCUCCCCCCAGCAUUAUUUCAACAAGCUUUGGGCUUUUAGGUUUAUUUGAUGAUAUGGUGAUGACAGAGGCGUUUGUUUGUCACGAAGAGAGAAUCUUGUUGAAUUGCAGUUGCCUAAAACAUGAAACCUUUUGCAAGGUCUGACACUGGUGCACCUAAAGAUCAUGAUUCCUCUACAUAGGAUAAGCAUAUGAUUAACCAACUUUCACAAAGAUCAGUGAUGGGAUUCGUAGUUUUAAAGUGUUUUUGGUUGGCAAUCUGCAAACUGUCAGUUGUUCAUCAUGCGUAUCAAGUCUGCUUUCUUUUCUUGUUAUUAAUCAUUUUAAAAGAUGACCUUUGAAAUGCCAACAAAACAUUAUGGAAAUAGUUGCACUGGAAGAAUUGAGCUUUAUGUUUUUCAAUGUAGGAAUCCAAAGUUUAUGUCUAGGUUAAAGUUAGAUGAUUGCAUUUUAAAUACAGUCAGGAUUCUUUUGAAUAAAAAUAUUUUCUAAAGUAAAUGCUUAAAAAAGAAAAAGGACAUUUGUUUGUUUGUUUGUUUCAGCUGUUGCCAGUGGCGGCUCUCACUUCAACAGGGCCCACAGUGAAUGCUUUCCUUUAGGGCACCAGCAACAAUCUCAAGUGUCCCUAACGCCAAAAAGCACUGAAAGCAUUGAAUGAAAGUUUAAUAAAUUUCAAACUGUGCUUCAGAGAUUCGGUGUGAAGUGUAAAAUAGUCCAGUUCAGGUUUGACCCCCGACACACCUGUAUUUGAGGACUCCUGCUUUAGAACAAUAAUGCCCUGUUUGCUUAUUGUUUUUAUGUGAUUCAGAAUAAACAGAUUUGCAUUUAUUGUGCAGACACCACUUAGACAUCUGGUUUGUCAGAACACACCCGGAGAGACGUGUGUUUUGGAUUUUCCAUUAAACAGUGUCAUGUAAUUAUGAUCAUGAACAUUCUUCUGAGGGUAAUUUGGUCAUUAUAUUGUUAUUGUUUGUGUUAGACUGUUAUUGUUGAUUAAUGCAGUACAACCCAACGAUAUUCUCAUUUUCUCAAAUUUACACGGGUUUUGUUUAAGUUCUCUACACACAAAACAUAAAUGUAAAAAAAAACAAGUCACAUUUCUAAAGCAAUAUACACUACAAAAUGCACAAACAUUUGGAAAAUAAUUCACAGGUCUACAGGUGCAUAUAUUAUUCACACACACGGUAUUAACACUUCAUUAUGUUCCACAUAUUAAUCCAAAAUAACUUUUCAAUAAUAUUCCAAUUUUAUAAAACCUGCAAAUCAACAGAUCAGAUUUUAACAUCACCAUCAAAAAUAUACCAGUUUUAAGGCACUUUUUUGCUCUAAAAAAAAAAAAAGCACUUUUUUGUGCUCUAGAAUACAUAAUGAGAUACACGUAAACGUCCAGAAUGUUGCUUUGUUUGUAGACUUUGGAUGAAAUUGCUGCACUUACUAAGAAUAAAGAAACCCAAAGCCUUGAGAGUGGCAAGAGGCAUCUUAAAAACCAUCAAAAGUAUUUUUGUAAAUGUGUCUGAAGCUGCUGAUUUAUUUAUGUGCUGAUUUUGUUACAGCAAAGCAAACGUUUAUUAUGAUGUAUAAUGGAUCCCCUAGAAAAUGAUAAUGUGCAUAAAGAAAAGAACAAGCAGUUUAGCCUGUGUGGUAUAUUAGGAAUAAGAAAGGAAGCUGUGUUUAUUAAUUUAUCUUCAACAUAUGUAAGAAAAUGAGAAGUUAUUUAAUGAGCUUGUGUUAUUUUGUAAGAUUAUAUAACAGAUGGUUGCAGAAUUAUGUCAAAACGGUGUGUGUAUGGCUUAUGAAAUGUACUUUAUUUUGUUUAUUUUUUUCUUCCAUUUAAAUGCAAAAGUAAACCUUAACAUUAAAGAAACACCAGUUUUCUCUGUUGUACAUUCCUCACACACAGAUGCUCUGCUGUAGAUUAAUGCCAUGGAAAAGAUAUGAAUGAAAAAAUCCUCAUUAAUAUCCCUGAUCAGAGUCUUUUAAAUAGCAGAGUGCUAGCUAAAUAAAUAAAAUAACGUUGCCUACAGAAGGAAUGUUUAUCCUCUCACCGCUCCUGGGAGAUAAUCAAAACUGUCCACUUUAAUUACCGACUUCAGCUACAGCGAGAUUGUACACACUUAUGAGCAAAUGUGCUUGUUUACUUCUUCUUUUUUUUUUUUUUUUUCAGCGCAGAUGACCUGAGCAGAAAAACAAAUUCCAGUCACAACAGCAGCUCAUCAACAUAUAAAUUACCACUGAAUGCUGCGUUUCCAAUCUGUUUGCAGCUUAGAUUUAUCUUCAGAACCCUAAUUGGACCGACGCUCACCAGAGUGGCAGUAUUCAGGCUUUAAUUUGAUCAAAGGAAAGUGAUGAUGAGUUAUCAUAAACUUAUUGAGAGAGAAUUGGAAUGAGUUCAAUUCUCUCUACUAAGUGGGCUGGAUUUAUUAGUCUGUGUUGCUAAAGAUUUUAUUUAGAAGUACUUAUUCACUCCAGACAGAAAAUGGUUGCUGCAGAAUUUAUUUAUUUAUUUUAAUUUUUUAGACGAUAAAUGUCUUUCAUUUAAGGCUUUCCUCUGACUCUGCUGGUGUUCCAUUAAUGCAGUUUUAUCAUCAGUGCCUCUCUUGAGUGAAGGCUUCAAAGUGCUAUGUUUUUAUGAGGUGGAUGAACAGUAAGCAGAGAAUUAAUUAAACUCCAAUUACAUCUAAAGAGGAGGGUGAGAAGUUAGAAAAAUCUUGUGUAAAUUCUAUUACAUUUCCAAAAAUCCUUAAAAUGUUACAAGUUGGCUCAUAUUAGUCAUUUUUCUCUGGACAUGAGAGAUCAUUUAAUCGUUUAUCUUAUCUUUCAUUUUAUUUUAUGCUCGAUUUAAGAGCUGUACAAUAUAAUUUGGUUUUAUACAUGCUUAUUUGUUUAAAAAAAUCACUUGGCUUUGAAAAUUUUCAAUUCUUCUAAUUUCCAAUGAUUCAAUUGCACACAGAUAUUCUCUGCUUACUAAUUAAGCAACUUUUUAAGGCAGUUACUUGGGCUGGAUUUUAUUCAGCGAUAUCAGUUUAAGACUCUAAAUACAAAUGUCUGUCACACUUUUCUGUUUUUUAAUUUUUUUAAUUAUUUUGAAAAUGAUGUACUUUCCCUUCGACAACACCAUUAUGCUGUCCUUUCUGCUGUUCUAUCUCAUAAGAUUCUAAGAACAUACAUUGAAGUUUAUGUUUAAGACAUAACAAAAUGUGAAAAAAAAAAUCUAUGGGUGUGAACAAUUACGCAAGGCACUAAAUGUUGCUUCUUCUCUGCUGUCAUCUAAUCUGCUCUUUUCUCACUAGUAACUCUGUGCUAAAAAUAUAGAGUUGGAGGCUAUGAAGUUCAGAAGCCUGUGCAAAAUUAAACGUGGUGAGCCAGAAGAAGCAUUAAAAUGCUGUAGUGGAAGGACAAGUAAAUUCAGUCUUUUGUGGGGCACAGUGUGCCGCCUUUGUAGUGUGGCACUAACAAAAGUCACCGCAGUUUGACUCCCCGCAGUCCGACACCCCCCUGCCGGGCGGUAAAAGACAGCCAACUUGAAAUGAAAGAAAGCUCGGAGAAACCACUUUAUUUUUUAACAAACAGCUCUGAAAAGUAUGGUUAUUGUUUUCUUUUACCUCUUCUUGGUUGUGCAACCACCAUGGAGCGGUGCCGGGGAAAAGAACUGGGAUAUGGCUUUUUGUGGUGGGGAGACGAAAAUUAACAUCCGGCCUUUAAAAUAGAUUUUUGUUGCCACUGAUAAUCAUUGUAUAAGUAAACAACAAAGUACAUUUGAAUUAAUAUUAUUGUUAUUAAAAAAAAUCUAUGUUUGA